AUGAAUAUUUUAAAGUUACUAAUUGUUUCGCUUUUAGUAAGCUAAAUAUUUGCAGCUGCUGAUGCUACCUGCACUGGUACUGGAUGUGCUUCUCCUGCUAAUUGCCCAGCCCCUCCCACUGUCACUCCUCCUUUGACUAUGACUUGGGCUAAUGGUGUAGCCUCUGGAAAAUGUGCACUUAGCGCUUGUCCUACAGGUGGUGCUACAUUUACUGGUGCUUCUGAUCCCUUCUGUCAAUCUUGUCCUGGUACUCCUAGUGGCAGCGUUCAAGCUGUGUUUGCUAACGUUGCAGGAACUGCUUGUGUUGCUGCAGGUGCAACUUGUGGUGCUGGUAGAGCUGCUAAUACCUGGACUAACUCAGAUUGCCUUGCCUGUUAUGGUAAUACUUAACAAUAUGCAAAGGCUGAUAGAUCUGCUUGCUAAGCAAAUCCUAUUCCUGGUGCUGAUGCUACCUGCACUGGUACUGGAUGUGCUUCUCCUGCUAAUUGCCCAGCCCCUCCUACUGUCACUCCUACCAUGACUAUGACUUGGGCUAAUGGUGUAGCCUCUGGAAAAUGUGCACUUAGCGCUUGUCCUACAGGUGGUGCUACAUUUACUGGUGCUUCUGAUCCCUUCUGUCAAUCUUGUCCUGGUACUCCUAGUGGCAGCGUUCAAGCUGUGUUUGCUAACGUUGCAGGAACUGCUUGUGUUGCUGCAGGUGCAACUUGUGGUGCUGGUAGAGCUGCUAAUACCUGGACUAACUCAGAUUGCCUUGCCUGUUAUGGUAAUACUUAACAAUAUGCAAAGGCUGAUAGAUCUGCUUGCUAAGCAAAUCCUAUUCCUGGUGCUGAUGCUACCUGCACUGGUACUGGAUGUGCUUCUCCUGCUAAUUGCCCAGCCCCUCCUACUGUCACUCCUUCUAUGACUUUGACUUGGGGUAAUGGUGUAACCUCUGGAAAAUGUGCACUUAGCACUUGUCCUACAGGUGGUGCUACAUUUACUGGUGCUUCUGAUCCCUUCUGUCAAUCUUGUCCUGGUACUCCUAGUGGCAGCGUUCAAGCUGUGUUUGCUAACGUUGCAGGAACUGCUUGUGUUGCUGCAGGUGCAACUUGUGGUGCUGGUAGAGCUGCUAAUACCUGGACUAACUCAGAUUGCCUUGCCUGUUAUGGUAAUACUUAACAAUAUGCAAAGGCUGAUAGAUCUGCUUGCUAAGCAAAUCCUAUUCCUGGUGCUGAUGUUACCUGCACUGGUUCUGGAUGUGCUUCUCCUGCUAAUUGCCCAGCCCCUCCUACUGUCACUCCUACCAUGACUUUGACUUGGGGUAAUGGUGUAAACUCUGGAAAAUGUGCACUUAACACUUGUCCUACAGGUGGUGCUACAUUUACUGGUGCUACUGAUCUCUUCUGUCAAUCUUGUCCCGGUACUGCUAACGGUAGCGUUCAAGCUGUGUUUGCUAACACUGCAGGAAAUGCUUGUGUUGCUGCAGGUGCAACUUGUGGUAAUGGUAGAACUGCUAAUACCUGGACUAACUCAGAUUGCUUAGCUUGCAAUGGUAAUACUAGUUAAUAUGCUAAGACUGAUAGAUCUGGUUGCUAAGCAACAGCUCCUACUUCUUCAUCUUCAUCAAACUCAAUGAUAUUUUUGAGCUCAGUUUUAUUUUUAAUUACAUUCCUUUUCUGA